CUGAUUGGUCUAAUUAAAUACAGAUGCGUAAACUAGAGAAUAACCGUUUUUAAGCAGUGAACAAGUGGCGUGUUUGUUGUGAAAGUAAAGUUUUUUUCAGGUUUUAAAGUGUAAAAAGUGAAAGCAUAAGUUAAGAAAAACCAAUAAGUGAUAUUUAUUUAUUCGGUAAAUAUGUCGUAUGCCGGAGACAUACAGGAAAUUAAUGAUAUGGAGGAUUUCGAUUCUUCAUCAGGAUGCGAAAUGUCUUUCGAGUUAUCCAGCGAUAAUUUGCCAUAUUCUAGCCCCCAAAGCACCCAAGGACCGAGAAAAUUGGAAUUUUCUGGAUGCGAUAAUAACAAUAGAACACCAGGUCCAAAAAAUUUAUCAUUUAGUCCGCCCUACAAGAGGGUCAGAGCUUUGAGGCUUUUUGAUAGCCCACUUACACCAAAGACUAUUAUUCAGAAGUCUUCCUCUGCCUUCACUCCUGUGCCCAGAACCAGGCUCUUUGGUGAUAAACCUAGAGCUGUAGCCAGCGCUUAUGCUAAAAGAGAAGACCGUCCCACAGCCAAUGUAAACCCAUUCACACCAAAUGGUUUGUUAUUAUCCAAAAAGCGCACAAGGUCCAUUCGGUCUCUUUUGGGAUCUCCAGAACUCAAACCACCUAAAUUUGAUUUGAAUGAGAGCGACACAUCAGAUGUAGAGAUUGAACAACCCACUAAAAGAGUAGCCCUACAAGAAAGUAACAUAUCCAGAUACCAUCAGGAAUUCUUGGAACUGGAGUUGAUUGGUAGGGGACAAUUUGGAUCAGUCUAUAAGUGUGUUAAUAGGUUAGAUGGGUGUGUAUACGCAGUGAAAAAAUCAACAAAACCCGUGGCAGGUAGCGUUUUCGAAAAGACAGCUUUAAAUGAAGUCUACGCUCAUGCUGUUUUAGGCAAACAUCAACACGUAGUCAGAUAUUACUCGGCUUGGGCAGAAGACAACCACAUGAUAAUCCAGAAUGAGUAUUGCAACGGAGGAUCCUUAGCCGACAAGAUUUCACAGGAACCGUUAAGUGCCCAAGAACUGCGUACGCUCCUGUUGCACGUGGCGGAAGGAUUAAGGUACAUCCACUCGGAGGGACUGGUCCAUUUAGACAUAAAACCUGGUAAUAUAUUCCUGUCAAGAGAGAAGAAGAUCCACCUUCCAAACUACGAUUCGGCGGACGAUGGAUUCGAGGAUCUGGAUGACAAUUCUCUUCUAGAGGAGGAACUGACUUACAAAAUCGGUGAUUUGGGGCAUGUGACGAGCAUCAGCAAUCCCCAGGUAGAGGAAGGCGACUGCAGGUACCUUCCGAACGAAAUACUCCACGAGAACUACUCCCACCUAACCAAAGCCGACGUCUUCGCUCUGGGACUGACCGCCUUGGAAUGCGCCGGUGCUGGCCCUCUUCCCAAGAACGGGGAAGACUGGCACAAGCUCCGACGCGGCGAGCUGCCGCCCUUACCGCAAAAACUCAACCGCGACUUGAUGGAUCUGAUCAAGUCCAUGAUCCACCCGGAUCCCACACUGAGACCAUCCACCUCUCAGAUCAUUCAGAACAGGGCACUGUCCCCCGAUAGUAGCAAAUCCAAGGCCGAGUUGACUAGAGAACUCAACGCCGAGAAGAUGCGGAACGAGAUGUUGGUGAAACAACUUAAAGAGGCGGCUAUUUGCAUAAAAUCGAUCGCGAGCGAGAGCGCCAAGUUGCCUUCUAUCGCCAAGAUCAACUCCAGGUUGAUCGGGAAGAAGGUGAAUAGGAGCGUCAGCACAACUACUUUCUAAUAAAAGUGAUUUACCGUCAUUUUUCGAAGUAUGGAGUUAUUCCGAAUUUAAAUACAUAGCUGUCUAUUAUUUAUCACGUUUCCAGUAGCAUUUCACGGUUUUUUAAGCUCUACACGAGAGGCGGAAUUAUUUUUUAACAGUAUACGAUUUAUAUAAUUGUUUAGAUUUAGACGAAGCAGGUUUUGUGCUUUUUAUAUAUUAUAUAUUUCUUUGAAACACCACAACUUCAUUCUCUUACCCCGUUCUUUAUUUUAAGUAAAAAAAACUAUUUUUUUAAACAUCUUAGAAAUUGAUGUUUGUGGAAAUCUUUAGCCUGCUGGUCUCAUUGUACCUACAUAAAACCAGGUAAGUUUAAUAAUAGCACAACACUUUUAAUUUCUAAAAAUUUUUUUUAACUAUUGUUUUCACCUUUCUAAAUCGGUAAAUUGGCCGGUUAAAUUUGUUCGUCAUCUACAUUCUUCUGACCUGAUGGUUAUUUAACAAGUUUUUUGCAAAUGUUUGUAAUAAUUUACAUUUUCCCUUUACAGUCAUAUAUUUUUUUUACUUGUUUUAAGCUUUUGUCAUAUAUUUUUUGUGCAAAACUUUUUAAAAUAUUGCGCAAGUUUACAGUGUACACAUAAAGAAGUUUUUACUCGGUAGCCAUAUAAAAUUGUGGCCUUAUUCCAAAUUGCUGGAAUACUCCGUACUUCUCGCUUUUGCCUAGAAUAUGAAUUUAUUAACGCAGGAAAAUCACUAGUUGUCGUUCCACUUGCGGAAUGAAAAUCUAUUAGACUGUUUCUUAAGAAAAAUAUUUACCCAUGGCUGUUCAAUUCAAUAAGUGAUCUAAUGUACAUUAUUGUUAAAAUUCAUGUUAAACAAGUUUCUUUGCUCAUUAGUUGCGUAGCUUGCCCGAUGAAACGGCCGAGUUUUUUUUUAUGGACUGUCUCUUGAUAUUGUAUCCUGUAUUUGUAACUUUAAGAACUUUUAUUUUAAAUUUUAUAUAUAAAAGUUUUGUUAUUUCUACGUAUGUGAUAAUUCAUAUUUUCUAAUAUUUUAAUGUAAGUUUAUGUAGAGGUUUUUAUUUUUAUUUCUUUUUGUAUUUUUGUCUACAAAGUGACAACACAGAUUUUUCUUGUAAGCAUAUAUACAUUCCCUUAACUUGUGCCUUAUUUCAAUGUACACUACUUGUAUUAAUAUAGGUUUUAAUGUUACUUAUUUUUGUAAAAAGUACCAAAUAUAUUUUAGAAUAAAUAGUCAAAUAUAUGUUUUAUUUCUUUGAUCCUACUUACAGAUUCAUUUUUACUGACUACAGGGUGUUCUUGUCCACACUAGUGAAUUCUUCGUAUAUUUGAGGUUAAUUGGGUUAGUCUACCCUUAAUUUUGACGUUUGUUGUUUAAUGGAAAAAGUAAGAAAACAAUUUUCAUAGAAAAAUAGGCUGG